UCGUGGCAACAUGGAAGCGGCUUUGGCACCUUUGCGGGAGGCGGUGCGCCAGCAGGGCGACUUGGUUGCCCAGCUGAAAGCGCAAGAAGCCCCCGAGCUGGAGGUGAACCGGGCUGUCGCCGAGCUGAAAGCCCGCAAGAGAACUCUGGAAAUGAAGGAGCUGUCCUUGCGGCCUCAAGAGGAGGUCGUUGACAGGCUCAAGCUGGACGACACGCUCAAGAGGAGGUUCUUCUACGAUCAGUCUUUCGCCAUCUACGGAGGUGUGAGCGGCCUGUACGACUUUGGUCCGGUGGGCUGCGCCCUGAAGAACAACAUCUUGCAGGUGUGGAGGCAGCACUUCAUCCAGGAGGAGCAGAUCCUGGAGAUCGACUGCACCAUGCUCACCCCCGAGCCCGUCCUCAAGACAUCGGGCCACGUGGACAAGUUUGCUGAUUACAUGGUGAAGGACGCCAAGACGGGAGAAUGCUUUCGCGCCGAUCACCUCCUCAAAGCCCAUCUGAAGAAAGCGAUGUCCGACGGGACGUGCUCCCCCGAGGAAGCGGCGGAGAUGGAGGACGUGAUCACUCAGAUGGACAACUACACCCGGCAGGAGUUGGGCCAACUCUUUGUCAAGUACAAGGUCACGUCUCCCUCGACGGGGAACGAGCUGACCCCUCCCAUCUCCUUCAACCUCAUGUUCCAGACCUCCAUCGGGCCAGGUGGCAACACCCCCGGCUAUCUGAGGCCGGAAACGGCUCAGGGCAUGUUCCUCAACUUCAAGCGACUGCUGGAGUUCAACCAGGGAAAACUGCCCUUCGGCGCCGCCCAGAUCGGCAACUCCUUCCGAAACGAGAUCUCGCCUCGCUCCGGCCUCAUCCGCGUCAGAGAGUUCACCAUGGCCGAGAUCGAGCACUUUGUGGACCCCGGCGAGAAGGUGCACCCCAAGUUCUCCAACGUGGCCGACCUGGACAUCCUGCUGUACUCCUCCGGGGCUCAGACCAGCGGCCAGUCCGCGCACACCAUGAGGCUCGGAGACGCCGUGGAGCAGGGCAUCAUCGACAACUCCGUGCUGGGCUACUUCAUCGGCAGGAUCUACUUGUACCUGCUCAAAGUGGGUCUGCGCAAGGACAAAGUGCGCUUCCGCCAGCACAUGGAGAACGAGAUGGCCCACUACGCCUGCGACUGCUGGGACGCCGAGGCCAAAACCUCCUACGGUUGGAUCGAGAUCGUGGGCUGCGCCGACCGCUCCUGUUACGACCUCAAGUGUCACGCCCGUGCCACCAAGGUGCCCCUGGUGGCCGAGAAGCCGCUGAAAGAAGCCAUAUCCCGGGAACUCGGCCUUUCGGUGGUCAACGUCGUGAAGUUCGAGCCCAACCGGGGCGCCAUCGGAGCGGCGUACAAAAAGGACGCCAAGCUGAUCUUCGACUACCUGGACGCGUGCGACGAAUGCUUCAUCGGCGACGGGGAGAAGCGUCUCAACGAAAGCGGAGAAUUCAGCGUGUCAACGCAGGGCAAAACCUUCAAGCUUUCCAAAGACAUGGUCGCCGUCAGGAGAUUCCAGAAAACGUUACACGUUGAGGAGAUCGUCCCCAACGUCAUCGAGCCGUCCUUCGGCAUCGGCAGAAUCAUGUACUGCAUCUUUGAGCACUGCUUCCACACGCGGCAGGGAGAUGAACAGAGGACGUAUUUCAGUUUUCCGGCCACCGUGUCCCCGUACAAAUGCUGCAUCCUUCCUCUGAGCCAAAACCAAGACUUCACACCUUUUGUCCAACAACUCUCCGAGGCCCUGACCCGAAAGGGCGUGUCCCACAAGGUGGACGAGUCCUCGGGGUCCAUCGGCAGGCGCUACGCCCGCUCCGACGAAAUCGGCGUGGCCUUCGGCGUCACCGUCGAUUUUGACACCGUCAACAAGACGCCGCGCACCGCCACCCUAAGGGACCGAGACUCCAUGAGGCAGAUCCGAGUCGAGGUGGACGCUUUGCCUGGGCUGAUCUGGUCCCUGGCCAACGGCGAGCGCACGUGGUCUCAGAUGGAGCUCCAGUACCCCCUCUUUGAAGGGCAGGAGACCGGCAGGAAGGAGUGACGGGCAGUGUGCGCUCAU